AUGGCCGGUGUUUCCAAGGAGACUGAGGUUGCAGCAGCAGCAGUGAGAGCAAGCAGCAAAUGCGCUUAUUCUUCUUCUUCUUCGAGGUCUUCGAAGAGCCAGGGAGGUAGAAGUGGGCCGUGGAGACGAUAUCCAUGUCAGAGAAGGCCGAGAGAUUGCCCGCUGGUUUACCAACCACCUGCUAGCCCGCUAUGUCUCCCUAUUCAUCCUCCUCCAUCUCCACCGCCCCGUGUAAGCUUAGAUCCUUCUCUGUUGAUAAUCUUGUGGCUAUUUUUGUUUACCCAAUGGUUAGAGUUGGUUAGAGCUGUUAGAGUUGUUAGGAGGUUGGUUAGCUGUCAGCUGUUAACAGGUUGGUUAGCUUAG